AUGAGCAGUGUGUUUGGGUCCCGACGAUGCCAUGAACUGUGGGUUCUCCUCCGUGCAGAGGUGGAGGUUCAUGAUGAACCUGGGAGGGGUGGCCGUCCCCACGGGGCCUUCGGUAGCCGGGGCAGUCUCCUGGGAAAUGCGAACGGGAGCUUUGCUUGGUUGUACGUACUUCGUGACUUGGACUGGCUUAGUAACCCAAGCUUCUCUACAGAAGAGGCACUGUUACUGCAUCAGCGUACUACAGAAGUUGGAAAUCUCACCCCUGAAAAAUCACCACUAAUAAGGGCUAUUUCCAGAUCAGAGUUGUCAGGGGAAAGUGAUAGAGAUGAGAGUCUGAAACAGUCAGAUAAGAAGAAGAAAAAGCAUCACCAUUCUAAGAAGACAAAAAGGAAAGCCAAAGGGGACUCCAGUAGCAGCAAAUUAGACCCGGACACUAAGCACAUCAGGGACAAAGCCGCAAGAAGUGGCAGAAGUCACAAAAAGGAAGCAGCAGCAAAUCUAGAUAAGAGAUCAUCAGAUCUUACCAGCAAUCGCUUUAUUUGGCUUGAUGAUAUCCAGGCUUUCGCAGCAGAAACCUUCAGAAUGGACAAGAAACCAGACCCUGCAAACUGGGCCUACAAGUCCCUGUAUCGAGGGGACAUAGCAAGAUAUAAAAGGAGAGGAGAUUCCUGUCUUGGCAUAGAUGCAAAGAAACAGCGUAUAACUUGGGACGGUUCUGCAUCAAAAAGGAAGCAAUUACAGAGGCAGCCUGAGCGCUACUUCUCAAAGAACAACGUGAAGGUGCUGAACACAGACGGGAUUCCUGUUUGCAGUAGAAGUUCUCCAUCUGACCCAACUGCUUUUAUACCAGUUUUCCAAAUGGAAACUGGUGAUGCCUCCAACACAAAGGAGGUAAAUCCUCUUGGGAUUUAUGAUCCAUCAACUACAGCGUGGCUACAAGAAGGGUGCAAGAGUGCAGACCAUGAGCCUGUAGAUGAGCAGCAAACAGUUCAAGAGCCUGGGAUAAAGCUUAACUCCAUUCUAAUGACAAAAGUGGAAGAACAUAACAAGAAAGUCAGAGAAAAUCCAAGAGAUAUUAAUGCUUGGAUGGAAUUUGUUUCUUUUCAGGAUGAGCUAAUGAGAGGACCUAGCCCAUAUGCCAAUAAGGGAGAGCAGGAAGCAAGAAGAAAAUCCCUGAAGUUAAUCUUAGAAAAGAAACUGGCUAUUUUAGAGAGGGCAAUUGAAAGCAAUCCAAGUAAUGUUGAUCUGAAACUCGCCAGGCUGAAGAUUUGCACGGAAUUCUGGGAACCACCAGCUGUGAUCAAAGAAUGGCAGAAGCUAAUUUUCUUACAUCCCAACAAUCCAGAGCUGUGGAAGAAAUACCUCCUGUUCUGUCAAAGUCAGUUCACUACCUUUUCGGUUUCAAAAAUCAAUAGCCUCUACGGAAAAUGUUUGACGACAUUGUCAGCUGUGCAGGAUGGCAGCAUGGUGUCACAUCCUCCGCUGCCUGGCACAGAAGAAGCUAUGCUAGCGAUAUUUGUUCAGCAGUGCCACUUUCUGAGGCAGGCUGGCCAUUCUGAGAAAGCAGUGUCUUUGUUUCAAGCUCUGAUUGACUUCACCUUCUUUAAACCUGACAGCGUAAAAGAUCUGCCAACGAGAGGACAGGUAACAAUUUCCAUUUAAAUGGGUGUAUGUCCCUGUGCAUUACAGAGAAUGCUGCAGCAGAAAAAUGGUGAAUUUUUAAGGACAUAAGGAAGUAUUUUGAAUCACACUUACUUUGCAGAUCUUCACGGUGAUGCAUGCAUUGGAAAAAUGUUUGUGGG